AGGUGUUAAUGGUGGAGCUCAAAUGAGAUGGAGCUCUGGAUGUUAGUGAUGGAGCUGGAAUGUGAGAUGGAGCUCUGGGUGUUAGUGAUGGAGCUCAAAUGAGAUGGAGCUCUGGGUGUUAGUGAUGGAGCUGGAAUGUGGGAUGGAGUUCUAGGGGUUAGUGAUGGAGCUCAAAUGAGAUGGAGCUCUGGGUGUUAGUGGUGGAGCUCAAAUCAAGGAGCACCUCCAAGAAGACAUCGUAUGGACAGAGAAAUGUAGUGAGAACAUUGAGCCCCAAACUGGUCCCUGAGUCUUAGAGAUGUUGUUUGUUACCCAAUGAGGUUGUGGAGGUUCCAUCCUUGGAGAUACUCACAAGCCACCUUCUGGACGUGGGGAUUGACAUCUGGAGCAUCAGGAGCAGGAGGUUGGUCCAGGGAGGUUGCGUGGCUCAGCUUUAGGCUUUGACAUGAUCUUUAUCAAGAAUUGCUCCUCCUACUUCAGUGAUAACUUGGUUCCUUCCUGUAUAUUUCGCCAUCUCGAGCCAACACCCUCCGUCCAACAGAGUAAAUGCUAGACCCUUGCAAGCCCUGGUGUACUCGUGGCACCACCAACAGUUCCUCCAGUUUUAUUGCCCUGCCAACCAACUCUUCCUGCCCCUUGAGCGGUUCAGCAACGGCUCCUGCUAAGAGAGGCCAAGAGGACUCUUGUUGGGAGUAAAGGUGAUUGCAGCACAUCGUCCGUUUCCUGCGGGGAUAGAAGCGAUCUGACGUGACCCCUAUGCCGGGCUUAUGGAAUAACUGCUCAGAAGGGAAGCUUGCCUUAGUCCUGGCCUUUGCAAUUCCAACAUGCUUUUUAAUUGGGAAGUGGUUUACAGGUGAAGCUCCUGUCACCAUCAGCAUUGAACCAUCAGUGGUCCUCGUUGGAGAUCAAGUGACCCUGUCCUGCCAGCUCAUGGGCAGCUUCCCCACUAACACCAACGUGCUUUGGUACAAGAGGGAAACGGGGAGGGAUGCUCCACUGUGCUCCUCCUCCAGCCUGGGAGGGACGGUGCAGCAGUGCCAGGGUGAAGGAUGGUGCAGGGCUGUGGGACACUGGCAGAGAAGAGCUUUCCUCCUGGUUAUCCCUCAAGUGCAAGUAGCUGAUGAGGGGAUGUACGUCUGUGCAGUGAACAGCAGCGGGGUCACACAGGAGGGAGCUGCUCGCCUUCAUGUCACAGCAAUGGGGUAUAAACCAACUUUGGACCGGGAUCAGCAAGAGGAGAGUUUGUGUCGCUACACGUGUAAGUCAAAACGAUGGUACCCAAAGCCUGAAGUCAUUUGGAUGAACUACGGAGGAGACACACUUAAUGUGGAAGCCAAGACCAAUGUAACCUGGAGCGAGAGGGACCAUUUCACGCUGCAGAGCAUCAUCACAGUGCCCUGCGAUCGCGUAGAUGUGGUGUGUGUGGUCAAACUCACCAAAGCCAACGUCCAGCGGUCAGGUUCCAUGAAUGAAAUCAUUGUGCCUCAGUCAGACACUUGCACGUACAAGGGCAGAAUAAGAGGUUCCUAUGUAAAGCCCAAAGUGAUGUGGGUUAAUCCCCAAGGGGAAGAUCUAUCCUCACUGGCCCAGACAAGCAUUCUACAGGAGGUAGACAAUACUUUUGCAAUAGAAAGCUCCAUUGAGAUGCCCUGUGGACAACCACCACCUUCUUUUGUGACCGUGGAGAGGGAACACCAUCCACAGAUUGCUCAGCAGUCAGGAAGUGGGACCUUGUCCUGGUUUAUCAUCUGCCUCCUUGUCCUCAUUGUUUUAUCAGAACGCUCGUGGUGGCAGAUUGAGCACUUCCAGUCGCAACACAGGGCAGCACGGGAUGCAGCAACGGAAAGCCAGGAGCAGAUCGAGAACCAGAAGAAGGAGAUUGAAGAGCUGCGUGCAAGGAAUGAGGACCAGAAGAAGGAGAUUGAGAACCAGAAGAAGGAGAUUGAAUUCAGGAAAGCUCGUGGCCAUGCAGAUGACAUCCGGCUCAAUGAGGACACAGCCCAUCCAGCUCUGUCUGUUGCUGUGGACAAGAAGAGUUUUAUACAUAAAGCCCCGGCCCAGAAAGCGAUUCCAGACAUCAGGAGUUCUGAUUCAUUGUUCUGUGUGUUGGGCUCGGAAGGUUUCUCCUCUGGGAAGCAUUACUGGGAGGUGGAGGUGGAAAAAUCCGAUGGCUGGGACCUGGGAGUAGCCAGAAAACCCGCUCUGAGGAAAGGAAUAAGGGAUCUGUCACCUAAAGAUGGAUUCUGGGCUGUGGGCUUAAGCUUUAAAGUCUAUUGGGCCAGGACUGAGCCAACAAUGGCAAUAGUGGUCAAGAAACAUCCCAGGAAAGUUGGAAUUUACCUGGAUUGUGAAGAGAACACGUUGACUGUUUUCAAUGUCACCGACAUGUCCGUGAUGUUCACGUUCAGCGACUGCGCCUUGUCCGAAGGGGUUUAUCCCUUCUUCAGCAACUCACACAAAGGAUCGACCAUGAGAAUUUGCUCCGUUAAAGAGGAAUAAUCUCCCUUUCUUGGCCAUUUUGUGAUGAAACGAAGAAUAGAUCGUUUUCUUAGACAUA